UGCUGCUUGGGACCAUGCACAGGGCUGUCCUCUGGACUCUGGAGGUUGCACUCUGCGGUCUGAGGUUAAUAAAUGGAAAUUGCCACAAUUUUUAUACUGCUAUUUAUAAAGACAUCACUUAUAAGGAAUUAAAAAACCUAUUGAAUUCUAAAAAUAUUACAUUAAUUGAUGUUAGAGAGACAUGGGAAAUUCUGGAGUAUGGAAAAAUCCCGAGGUCUAUCAAUAUACCAUUGGAUGAGGUAGGUGAAGUUCUACAGAUGAACCCAAGAGACUUCAAAGAGAAGUACAAUGAAGUAAAGCCAUCCAAAUCUGACAAUUUGGUGUUUUCUUGUUUAGCUGGAGUGAGAAGCAAGAAGGCUCCGGACACUGCAAUAUCACAGGGUUUCACAGUGCUCAACACUAUGCUGACGCUGGAAAGAAUGGGGCAUUCCCAGGACCCCAUGUCCACUAUGCAUGGCCAUUCAGAUUGUGAGAAGAAGCUAUUCCCGGAGUCUCUGAUCGGGCUGGUGGCCAAAGAAGAUUCCAGCGGUGAGUUUAUGGCAACCCGAGCCCUGCCGGUCACUUGCGGCCGAGUAACUCGCCGGGGCGGGGUGAGGGGCAGAGCUAAGAAGGAUCAGUAG